AUUUCAAACACUAUUUUUGUGUCCAUUAUAUAGAUUAGCGUUCACAAUGUUGUAAAUAAUAUACAGAACGUAGAUAUUUUAUAUUUUUUUUAACUGAAUUUCCCGAACUAGGGUUUCAUACGAUCCGUAGCCCGACUUGACGAUCGUUAAAGACACUGGAAAUACAACAAGGCUCUGCCUGUCGCUGACAGACUGAGACCAAGUACUUUAUCGCAAAACUCUAAUAUACUGCCGUCUGUAAGCUUUUUAUUGCAUCGCACUUUUUAUUUAACUUUUUGUGCAUUUGAUACAUGAUGUUGUGAAAUUCGGGGCAGACAAGGCWGGCCAUCUUUCAACAGUAAUUCUAGAAKUGGGUCUCGGAGUUAAGCAUUUGUGGUGAGCGAUCGCCAUAUCUUUUCGUCAAAAAGAUCAUGGCUCUUGCUGGAGAAGAAGUUGAAAAACCUUGUUCUUCAAGUCAGAAGCAAGUAUCAUCUGGUAGUAGGAAAGAUACAAAGCAAAGAAGAAAUGGCAGAUUUUCAUURCGUAGACUUUUUAGUYGCUCCAGAAACUAUAAAGGUGAAAGCAAAAAUGACAAGAUCUCAAGGAGUAGGAAAUCCAGUAGUGAAACAAUGGUGAUUUGUCCUGUGUGUUUUGUUGUGAGACCAAGAAGCAUGUUUCCAGAGAUUUCUACAUGUGAACAUAGAUCUUGCAUAGAAUGCCUACGGCAGUACAUGACAAUUGAGAUCAAUGAAUCACGUGUGAAUUUAACAUGUCCUGAAUGCUCCGAACGAUUCCAUCCUAAUGAUGUGAAACUCAUACUCAAUGAUGAUGUUUUAAUGAACAAAUAUGAUGAAUUUACUUUACGGCGGACAUUAGUUUCUGAUCCUGAUUGUCGCUGGUGCCCUGCUCCAGAUUGCGGGUAUGCAGUAAUUGCAACUGGUUGCGCAAGCUGUCCUAAACUUGAGUGCCAACGACCAAAUUGUAACACUGAAUUUUGCUACCACUGUAAGCAAUUAUGGCAUCCAAACUUGACGUGUGAUAUGGCUCGAUAUCGACGGGCAACACAUAUAAAGUCAUUAUCUACUGAAGGACGUAGUUCUAGGGAAAAUGAUGAUAUGAAACCUUGUCCAAGGUGUGGUGCAUUUAUUAUUAAGAUGGACGAUGGUUCGUGUAAUCAUAUGACUUGUGCUGUUUGUGGUGCGGAGUUUUGUUGGCUUUGCAUGAAAGAAAUCUCAGAUUUGCACUACUUGAGGUAGGUAUUUUUCUAAAAACACUUUAAACAUAUUAUAUAA